AUGGUAGGAGGAAAAAAGUUCAAGCCAAAAGAACCGUAUACCCAUCGCUUAAAAAAAAUUCUUGAAGAUUACCCUGAAAGCUCACAAGUUCUCCGUGAAAUCCUACAGAAUUCGGAUGACGCAAAAAGUACAGAACAAGUAUUUAUACUUGACCACAAUACUUAUAGUACUGAAAGUCUUCUUAUGCCCGGACUUAGUAGAUUCCAAGGACCUGCACUAUUGUCGAAAAAUAACACCAAAUUUAAUGAUGAUGAUUUUACAUCAUUGGAGAAUUUAGCUAACAGUGAAAAACAAGGCCAAUAUGAUAAAAUUGGAGAAAUGGGUGUCGGUUUUAAUUCUAUUUACCAUUUAUGUGACAGUUGUUCAUUUAUCACUGAUAAUAAUUUUGCUAUUCUUGACCCUCAUGAGUGGUGCUAUGAGGGAGGGCACGUAUACGAUUUUAUUGAAGAUAACUUAUCUGAAACAUAUCCAGAUCAAUUUGAUCCUUUCAAAAAACUUGGAAAACUUAGUAUUCCAUGUGAUGGUACAUUUGAAGGCACGAUCUUUCGAUAUCCUUUACGUACUAAACAAGGUUCUAAAGAAUCAAAAAUCUCAAAAUCAACAUACGAACCAGAUCAAGUUUUAGAAAUGUUUAAACCGUUUUUUGAAAAGGAUAGCAUUAAUUGCCUACUUUUUCUUAGAUAUAUUGAAUGUAUUGAAUUUUACGAGUUGGAGAAAGGGAAAACUGAGCCUGAGUUAAUUUACAGAAUUUCACUGAAAGAUGCUGAAAUAGUACGCAAAGAUCGUCAAAUGGUUGCUAAAGAAAUCGGUCCAAUGAUGAAGAAUCUUAAAGAAAAUAAACUUAACCAACAAACAACAUUAUGCACAACAUAUCGUGUAUCUCUUGUUCGACAUGAAAAGAAGGUUGAAGUUGAAGAUUCCUCAUGGUUCAUUGUAAAUAUGCUUGGUGAUUUGCAUGAUGCGAAACACUGCUUUCCAGACGACUUUGGAGAAAGACUUGGUACCGUACCAAUUGUAGGGUUAGCUGCAAAGCUAAAUUCAGGUCAUGAUGAAGAUAAACUUCAUGGUGAAUUAUUCUGCUUUUUCCCUCUUCAGAUGGAUACUCCUUUUCGAGUUUCCAUAAAUGGACUUUUUGCGGUUACUAAUAACAGGCGUGGUCUAUGGUCUGGAAUAAAUAAUGAUCUAGUCACUAAGUCUUUGGCAAAUUUGAAAGUUAGCUGGAACAAUUAUCUUUUCGAAAAGAUUAUACCACAAGCUUGGAUUAAAUUUCUUAUUAACAUUCGACCACAUGUGCCUUCGAAAGAUUACUAUAAAUUUUGGCCAAUUCUAGCCCCAGAUGAUGAAACUUUCUGCGAGUCUGGUAAAAUGUUAUCUGUUUCAACGGGAUACUUUCAAGAUGAAUUGUAUGUUGGAUCUGUUACUCCAAGUAUAUUGAAUAAAAUUGAGUUUUCAAUUAUUCACGCUCCCUCCGAAAUCAUCAAAACAUUAAAAAAAUCCGAUAAACAUUCUCUCAAGUUUUAUUCACCUAGUAUUAUUAGCAUAUUCCUUAAAAACAAUAGAGGCAAAUGGCAAAAUAAGCUGACAAGAGAGGAGAUCUUAGAAUUGUUUGAUUAUUUACUGAAUGAUGAAAAUAAUGAGAUAUUGGAAGGUUUACAAAUGAUUCCAUUGGCCAACGGAACAUUUAAAACAAUAUCUCGACUAUCUCGACGUGGCACAAUCACGUAUAUUUGUCCAGAUAGCUUUAUAGGUGAAAAUGAAAAUGAUCCGCAUGAACUUUUUAAAGAUCAAUUAGACAAGUUCAUUGCUAAAGACAUCUCAAAUAGUUUAUUAAGUCGUUUAUGUGAUAAAGUAACUACAAAUGGAUGGAAUUUUAAUAUCAAGAUGUUAACUGUACCAAUCAUCGCUGAUAUGAUUAACGUUAAAAUUUCUUUAAAUCAUCACAACUCCAAUGAGGAUGAGAUUGAUAUGGAAAACCGGUUCGAAUGGAUUAAUCAACUUUGGAAAUAUUUAUGUAACAAAUUUAGUGAAAAUGAUUUCAUUUCAUUUGAAAACAUUCAUCUUAUACCAACAAAACAGAAUACUCUCAGAAAACUUAAGAAGGAUCAAAUAAAAUAUUUUUGGAACAGUACUGAGGGAUUACAAAACUCUUUUGAUCAAAUACAUUCUAUUCUCGAAAAGCUUGGCAUAAUUUUUGUGAAUAGAGAAUUUGAAGAUAAUAUAGCCAAUUUAAGGACAAGCGACAUAACAUCAGUUUUAUCGUCAUUAAAUACCAAUGAGGAUUAUAAUUUAUCCUCAUCUGAAGCAGAACUUCUCAUAAAAUAUUUAUCUUAUUACUUAUAUAUUACUCCGUCACUUACAGAUGAUUACAUUAAAAUUAUAAAAUGCUUACCAAUUUUUAAAGAAGUUGGCAAAGAUGAGAUUAUUAGUUUAAGGUCUAAUGAAAAAGUACUCCUUUUACCGAGUGAGGAUGAAAAAGAUUAUGGUCAAAUAAUUGCACCGAAAGAAUUUAAAUUUCUUGAUGCCACAUCAACAGAUACAUGUUAUUUACUAGAGAAAAUUAAAAUUCCACGUUUGUCGCAAGCCCAGUAUUGGAUAUAUUAUGUGAUACCAUACUUGAAAAACUUAAGUAACUAUGAAAAUGCGGAUAUUGUAGUUGAAAGGCUUUUUGAACGACUGCCAACCCUGAUUCGUUUAAACAGUUCAUUAAAGAGCACAUUAAGCAAACUUGAUAUUGUACCUUGCGGGACAAUUCAGAUGGUUCAGGAAAAAAAAGUUCUUGAUGCAAUUAAAUGCAAGCCCAUUGAUCUCUAUGAUCCCUUGAACGAUAAAAUAGCACAAUUAUUUUUCGACGAUGAAAAAGUCUUUCCAGUAGGAAAGUUCUCAAAUCAAGACAAUCUACACUAUUACAUUUUGAAAGAGUUAGGAAUUAAAACUUUGCUUUCAUCAAAAGAUAUUAUCAAGCGAAUUGAAACAUAUUCCGAACGGCAGAAAACGGCAAAUGACAUCAAUGAUGUAUAUGAUAAAUCACUUAAAUUGUUUAUUUAUAUCGAUAAAAAUUGGGAUUCAUUAAAAGACAAAAAUGAUGAAUUCUUAUCAAUUAUUAAGUCUUCAAAAUGGAAAUGGAUUCCGACUAUUGAUCAAUAUGGUAAGAAGUCGUUUUCUUGUUCAUCCGAAUGUCGUGACAAAAGAGAUGAGGAUUUAGUAUCACUAGUCCUCUCAAUUCUUGAUUAUAAAAUCACGAGUACUCCAUUUCUCAAACAUUUGGAAUGGAAGAGAUAUCCUCGUGUAGAAAUCGUUCUUUCGCAAAUGAUGCAAUGUUCUACAAUGUCUAAGGACAAUUUAAAUAUUAAAAAUCGCCCAAAUAUUUGCAAAGCAAUUUAUAAGUAUAUUGAUGGUGCUCUGUCACAUGACGAUGAACAGUUUAAGAAAGAGGUGAAAGAAGGAUUAAAAAAUCUAAAGUGGAUCUUCUGUGAAGGUGAUUUCUAUACAACAAAGAAUGUAGUUUUUGAUCUUUCAACAAAUUUUGGAAAAGAACUAUCAAUUGUUCAACUGCCUUCUGAUUAUUGCAAUGAUUUUAGUAAUAUGUUUAAAUCUAUGGGAGUCAGAGAAAAAGUUAAUAUCUCCGAUUUCAUUAAUAUAAUCGAAAACAUUGCUCAUGAAGCAAAUAAUAGACCAUUAAAUGAUGAUAAUUUAUCUAAAACUAUUAGAAUUCUUGAACAAAUUGGAAAGGAGUGCAAUAAGUCUAAAAAGGAAGGAAAACAUAAUGAUUUGAAAGAUUUGUUUAUUCCAAGCACUAAUGCCAUUCUUGUCAGCUUUGAAGAAAUCAAAUUUGAUAAUAGGACCGGCUUAAGUAGUGAAGAAAAGGAAAAUUGCAAACUUUCUCAUCCUAAAAUAUCACUUGCACUUGCUAAGGAACUUGGAAUUCGAAUGCUUUCUGAAAUAUUCACCACGGGUAGUGAGAUUGAUUUUGAAGAUUAUGAACAAUCGGAACCUUUAACUACUAGGAUACGAACGAUUAUUAGUAAUUGUUCACUUGAUUCCCUGUUCAAAGAAUUUCUUCAGAACGCUGAUGAUGCGGGAGCACAUAGAUUUUCUAUCUAUAUCGAUGAAAGACCAUUGCAUGAGAAUGAUCAUUCCUCACUCUUGUCCGAAGAAAUGUAUAAUUGGCAAGGCCCAGCUGUUUGGAUUUAUAAUGAUGCCAUAUUUGAACCGAAAGAUUUUUCUUCAUUAAUUAAACUUGGUGUUGGAAGCAAAUCCAAUGAUGAGAGCAAAAUAGGUCGUUUUGGCGUUGGAAUUACCACUUCUUACCAUUUAACUGAUGUUUUAUCUUUUGUGAGUGGAGAACAAAUUGCUUUUCUUGAUCCUCACGCAAAGUUUCUUCCGAUACGUGGAAAUCCUCAAAAACGACCUCGAGGAAUUAAAUUAAAUUUCCUUGAAAAAAAAUUUCUAACUCGUUUUGAGGAUCAAUGUAGACCAUAUCUUGCUAUAAAAGAUUGUGAUUUUAAAAAAUCAUUUAACGGAACUUUGUUCAGAUUGCCACUUAGAAGUAUUGAAUUAUCAAAAAAAAGCUUAAUCUCACAAAAUUUUGAAAAUCCCAAGGAUAUUUUAGACUACCUUCGUGGCAUAAAAGGUAGCGAUGAAAUCCUUUUUUUAAGAAACAUUGGAAUAUAUAGCAUAUAUCAUAUAGAUAAAGAUAAAUGCGGACCACAAUUAAUCUGGGAAGCAAAAAUCCAAAAUCUAAAAGAUAUCAAAAAUAUUCGCAGCAAAGUUGAUUAUAAACCACAAAUUUUUCAACUUGAAACAAAAAUAUAUCGAUAUGAUCAACAAAAGGAAAAGACAACCUCUGAAAUGUGGCUCGUGUGCACAGGUGGAAAUACCGAAAUUACAGAUAAAGAAUUAUCCAAUUUCUCAAAAAAUGAGGGACUUACUGCACAUGGUGGUGUUGCUGCUAUUCUUGCACGGUCAAAUAAAGAAUCCUUAAAUAAUCCUUUAGAUCUAACAGACCCACCCGAUCUUGAUGGAAAAGAAUAUGCAUAUGUUUCAUGCAAUGGUUCUACAAAUUUAGGUGUGCACAUAAAUGGCAAUUUUUCUUUGAAUGAAGAUAGAACUGUUAUCUUACAACAAAAUGAUAACAUCAAAGGAAAGUGGAAUAAAUUUAUUUUACUUGAAAUCCUACCAUCGUUACAUGUUAAAUUAUUGGGAAAAAUUGCUGAAAUAUAUUACGAACAUUUUAAAAACUCUAACAUCGAAAAUUUUGGUAUAACCAAAAAAUUUUGGCCAUUCAGUCGAGUUAAGCAGGGUUCGUAUUAUAGCUAUGCGAUAAAAGUACUGCAGAACCUUAAUGACAGCAAAGUAUUUUGGACAGAAGCUAAUGGUGGUAAAUUUGUAUCAUUAAAUAAUGCAUAUUUCUCCGAGGAAAAUGAUUUUGACAUUGCAAAUAUGCUUGCCAAACAUGGUAUUUCAACUGUGAAGAUUGACAAAAAUGAAUUUGAUCAAUUGAAAGAGUCACAAAACCAGAAAGGAAAACCAGCCCAGAAAUAUCAGUCUAUUAACUCUGAAUCGGUUUGUGACUUACUAAAAGACAAUAAAGUUCUACAAUCCAUUCAACAGAAUUUUACGAAUAUUUUAAGUUUAUUAAAAUUCGUUUUGAAAAAUAAGAAUGUUUAUUCUAAUCUAACUGGAUUGCAGUUGGUACCCUUAAAAAAUGGUUCUUUUGGUACUUUUGGUGAGCGAACUUAUUAUAUCGCGAAGCAAGAGCAUCAAAAUUUAUUUCCAAAAUCUGGUCCUUCUCGUUUUAUUUAUAAUUCAGAUGAUGAUCUUAAUGAAAUUUUUAAGAGUAAAGAUUUUUUGAGAAUUACUAAUAUUAAAAAGCUUGACGCGUCAGGUAUUCUUGACCUUUUGGAUGAGGAGCUUCCAAAUGAACAGGAAAUUGAUUGGGAUCCUUCUUCGAAAAAUGUUCCUAAUCGACAAUGGCUUGAUGAUAUUUUUGAAAAAAUGAAAUGGUGCAUGGGAUUAGAAAUUACACGCUUAUCUAGAUAUCCUUUACUCCCCGUCAUUUUACCAUAUAACAAACUCGUUCGAAUGGAUUCAUCAAAUCCUUUAUUAAAUUAUCCGGACAGUCCAGAUGAAGUUUUUAUACAUGCACUUGGAAAAUUAGGAAUUUGUCUCACUAACAUAAAAUUUAAUAAUAGGAAUAUUGAUAAAUCAGAAUUCUUUAACAAAGGUGUAGCUAAAUGGAGCUAUUUUAACGUCUUUGAUUCUAUUAGGAAAAAGCGAAGUUCACAAAAUAUUUCCAUGGAGUCACUUUUUGAAACCGCAAAGUUAAAUGACAAUGAGUUAAAAAGGUUCAGAGAGUUCGUUAAAGAAUUCUUCAAUCUCCAAAACCCUCAAGGGCAGAAAGAUAAAAAUAUUGUUGAGAUCAUUAAAGAACUUCCGAUAUGGCGAAUUGUUUCAUCAUCACAGAAUAAAUAUGUUACCGCAAAGAAGGGAAAGUUGCCCCCACGUAGCCUUUCUUGUCCUUUGCAAGAUACUGACAUAUUUAUUGAGGGAGACGAAUAUUUUAAUGUGCUUGUUGAGCUUGGUGCUAAAAAGAUUGAAGCAUACGCUUAUGUAAAACAACAUUAUCCUCCUGGUUCAAGUAGAGCACCGACACCCCAAGAUGUGGAAUUCCUUGAAGAAAUUCUUUUGCUUAGAGAUCCAGAAAUUGAAAAAUACCUUGAAAAUUGUGAAUCAAUUCCCAAUAAAAAUCUUAAAGCAUUUGUAAGAGUCAAUACUCUAUACGAUGCGAAUGUAGAUUUAUUCAAUCGAAUUUUUGAUGAUGACAAAUUUCUUCCUUCUAAAUUGCAAAAUAAUAAUAAGUGUUGUAAUGCUUUAGGAGAUAUAGGACUCAAGCGGGUUAUGGACACAACUGCAUAUAUUGAUUGUGCUCGUGAAAUUCAGAAGAAAAUUAAUGAUGUCCCUUACAAUUAUACUGAUGAAGAUAUUAGGUCCAUUGCAAAAGAAUUAACAGAAAUUUUAGAAGGUUCUAACUUUAUUCCUUCUAACAAAGAACUUCCUAAUCCUUACAGCAAUACAGCAUUUUAUACUUUAGGAUUUGAAUCUUUUAAUUCACUGUGUUCCGAAAAGUAUAUAAAUAUAUGUUGGACGAAAGUACCAUUUUUUGAUUCUGAUAUCCCACAAUUCGAACGACCUCCAGACAUCGAUACAGUUAUUGAACAUUGGAACAGCUUGUUUAUUGAAAUAAUUUCCCAAGAUGAUUCAAUUUGGGAAGUUAAUACCAUAUACAAAAUUAUGAAUGAAAUUUAUACAUUCGUGAUGGAAAAAGGAAUUACGAAAUCUAAAUUAAAAAAUUUACGUUUCUUAAAUGGUGAUAACCCUUUUGAUCCCAAUUGUUGGGUCUUGGGCGAACAUCUUGCUUUUGACAUUCAAGGUGAUAUAGGUGAAUUAUUCAAAGUACAUCCCCGUUUGGAGCAAUUUAAAGAGCUAUUGAUAGAUGCGGGUGCACAAAUUGUAGAUAAUAAUAUAGACAUUAAACCUGAACCGAUCAAAUCACGAAAAGCUGAGUUGAUUAACUAUUUGCUUGAGUAUCUGCGGGUUCAGAAUCACAAUUCUCAAUAUCAUGAUGUUACAUUCCAAAUCGGGAAUCAUAAAAUUGGCGCAAAUCGGUUUGUUCUAUCAGAUGUUGCAAAAUACUUUGAUUGGAAUUUUUCCGAAAAUCCUAUAAUCAUUAAUGACAUUCAACCUGACACAUAUAAAGUGCUCCUGAGAUGUCUUUAUGGUAUGACGUACCGAAAUGCUGUUGAGGAUGUUUUCGGAGAGGAAUUUGACGGACAAGAUUAUAUAAAGUUUAUAUUUGACAUUUGGAAAGCAUCAAAUAAAUGUCCACGCUUGAAUAGCAUAAUUCAAAAUAACUUUAUUAAACGCGGUCUUGUAAACGAAAGUAAUGUAUUGGAGAUAUUGAAUCUGAGCCACAAGUAUAAAGCGAAUCUACUUGAAAAUUACUGUAAAGAGUACAUCAAAAGAAAUAAAGGUAUUUUGGACGCAAUAAGCACUACCCAAAACACUCCCCAAAAUUGCGCAGACACCCAAAAUAUUCCAUAA